AUGAAAGUACAACUUUUAAUUUUAUUACGUCCUCCCCAGAGGGCAGCAUUGCUUGCGCAUUUACCGAUCCUUUUUCCUCACAAAAAUGUCAAAUUUAGAGUGAGUGGGAAUUCCAGUUUGAGGGCAACUCGCUAUCCGAAUACAGUGACACAAAAUAAAAGUGUCGAAAUGGCCAAAUUUGUUUCUCAUUUUAACGAUGCUGAGCUAAACCAGCUUAUGGCAGGAGAUACUAUCUCUAAAAAGCACAUGUAUAAAGCAGUUUUGGAUGGUGGUUAUUUUUUAAAAAAGGCUAAAAGCGUAUCAAGUUACCGAAAGCUUCUGUUAAAUAACGUGCUUGUCGUGGGUAACAAUCUCUCUGUUCUACUUUCAAAGCGUAUUAAAAGAAAAUCUAACUAUUUAGUAAAUUGCCAACCGUUACUGAAACAGUUUUAUGACUAUCUACUUUAUUUUAUAAUACGUUUACUCAAUUUUUUGAUAUAUUUUUUUUAUUCUGGACUGAAACGCAGUCUAGAUAGUUUAUCUAAAAAACUUUCCUUAAUUGGAGAACGUCCAACUUAUUUACAGAAGUGGCGUUAG